GCCGCACGGAGCCGCACGGAGCCGCACGCCGCCCGUCCGCGCACUCGGGCCGUGGACUAUGAGAGCGAAGCCGUCCUCCGUGACGUUUGGCUGCUGCUUGGCGUGCGUUUGUUUUCUGUCAGUGGCGUGGAUCCAGUCCGCGCCAGAGCUCAGGGGCUCCACUGUCAGCACACUGGAUCUGAUGAGCCUGAACCAGCGCCUCCUAGCUGCAAAAGAGCUUGGAGAACAGGUCAGCCGGGACCUCAACCUCAUCCUGGAGCAGGUCAAGAACGUUUCCCAAGCUUAUGCUGAUGCCAGUGCCACCCACACCACCACCAGCGCCUCCAGAACCAGGAGCACCAGCACCAGCACCAGCGCUCCAACAGCGACUCUGCGUCCGAGAGUGAGGGACAUCCUGGAGGAGCGCUUACAAAAACCCAAUGUCCACCUGUACCUGCCCCACCUGAAGGAGCACCCGGACAGCCUCGUGCCCAACGUGGUGCUCAGCAAGGGCCGCACUGGAGUGUCCAUGGUUCUUGGCAUCCCCACCGUGAGGCGUGAGAAGCAGAGUUACCUGGUACCUACGGUGGGCUCGCUGCUGUACGAGCUCAGCCCCUCUCAGCUCCAGGACCUCCUCAUCAUCGUCUUUGUGGCAGAGACAGAUCACAGUUAUGUAAACAGCAUCGCAGAGACUAUCAGCUCAAAUUUCCCAAAAGAGGUGGAGAGCGGGCUGCUGGAGGUGGUCUCUCCAUCGCAGCACUACUACCCCAACUUCACCUUGCUCAAGGAGACGUUUGGAGACUCCAAGGAUCGAGUCAAGUGGCGCACCAAACAGAACCUGGACUUCAGCUUCCUCAUGCUUUACGCGCAGGACAAAGGAACAUACUAUGUGCAGCUGGAGGACGACGUCAUCGCCAAGACGGACUACUACGACGCUAUGAAGUCCUACACUGUCCAGCAGGAGUCCAUACCCUGGCUCUACCUGGAGUUCUCCCAGCUCGGCUUCAUAGGGAAGAUGUUUCGAACCCGUGACCUGCACAUGAUCGUGGACUUCUUCCUGAUGUUCCACAAAGACAAGCCCAUCGACUGGCUCCUGGACCAUAUCCUGUGGGUCAAAAUGUGCCACCCAGAGAAAGACGCGAAACACUGUGCUGAACAGAAGGCCCGGCUGAGGCACAGGUACAAGCCUUCCCUGUUCCAGCACGUGGGGCUGCACUCGUCUCUGCCCGGGAAGACCCAGACGCUCAAGGAUAAGGACUUUGGGAAGCAGCGUCUGUUCUCCCCGCACCAGAACCCGCCGGCCCAGGUUCACUCCAGUCUGAAGCACUACCAGCAGCACAGUCUGGAGAGAGCCUACCAGGGACAGGACUUCUUCUGGGCCCUCACCCCCACCAAAGGAGACUACAUCCUGUUCAGCUUCAGCCAGCCCACACAUGUUGCCAGGUUCUUGUUCCGCAGUGGAAACAUCGAGACGAGCUCUGAUAAGUUCUACAACACCACGGUGGAGGUGCAGCCCAGCAGUGUGUCAUCAGUUAUGAAAUCAAACCAGACAUCGGGCUACUCGUCCUCCAGUGAUGGCUUUUUCGUAGUAGGGACAUUUGACAAAGGAAUGGCAGAGGGCAGCGUGGACGCCUCUCUGCAGCCCGUCUCAGCGCUCCGCCUGGUGAUCAAUAAGGACUCCGACUUCUGGGUGGUGCUCAGAGAGAUUUUGAUUGAAGUUUGACGUUUAUCUCAACACAAAGAAGUCUACGGAUCAUGAAGAAGCUCAAAAGUUAUGUCUGAAUACUUCUGAUGUAUAUUUAAUAAUUUAAUGUCAUUAAUAUAAAAAAAGGAACCUGUAACAGACCCGGGUUGUGGGCCUGUUG